AUGGCCUCUGGGGAUGAAAGUUCCUUUAUACCUCAGCUGGGUUUUUCUGCAGUCGAUGGCUGCGUUAACGAUGAUUUACGCAUAGUAUCUGUUAACGUACAAUCAAUUGCCAAUGAUAUUUACAAAGAGUUCGAAAGGCUUAUCAAGAAGUUUGGUAACGAGGUCCUUCAGAAUCUCGUCCCCUUGGUUGUUUCAGCCCUGGAGCAUCUUGAUACCUUGUACACAGAACAUGAAAACUUAAAAUUGGUCUUGAGCCUACUUAGAGAGGAUCACAGCCAAUUAAGUUCUCAAUUUGAGAAAGAAAAGCGCGCCCGAAAAUCCGCGGAAAAGGAUGAAUUGGAGGAUGAUCGCAAGCAGUUUGAUAUAGUGCGCAACGGCCUCGAGUCCACUUCAAGGAUACUUGAAACUAAGGUCGAACUCUUAAAGGAGCAUGGGUUAUCCAUCCCGAAUUUUGUGAAAAAAAAGGCAGGCUUUUAUCCCGGCAUCCAAUCUCUUGAGGAUAUAGACAACCUGACCAUAGUGAAAGCAAGCAGGGAAUUAAGCGUUCAAGAUGAACUUGCACAUUCGUAUUCACGGAAAGGUAAUUAUGCUGUUGAUUAG